ACGACAUGGCGACCACAGGCAUGCAGCUGGUAGGCCUCAUCAUGUCCAUCCUGGGCUGGGUGGCCGGGGCGGUCGUGAUCCUGGUCCCUCUGUGGCGAGUCACCGCCUUCAUCGGCAACAACUUGGUGACCGCUCAGAUCAUCUGGGAAGGCCUGUGGAUGAACUGCAUCGUGCAGAGCACGGGUCAGAUCCAGUGUAAGGUCUACGACAGCAUGCUGGCGCUGCCCAGCGACAUGCAGGCUGCCCGGGGCCUCACGGUGCUCUCGGUCAUGCUGUGCGGCGUGGCUCUGGCUCUCGGGGUGCUCGGGGCAAAGUGCACCAAGUGCGUGGGCGUCAACAGCCUCAAGGCGCGCAUCGCCCGUAUCUCGGGGGUGCUCUUCGCCGUCGCCGGCUUCCUCUUCCUGGUGCCCGUCUGCUGGACCGCCCACUCCAUCAUCAGGGAUUUCUACGACCCGCACGUGGCCGCCCCGCACAAGCGCGAACUGGGCCCGGGCCUCUACAUCGGCUGGGGGGCGGCGGCCUUGCUCCUGGUCGGCGGGUCUUUGCUGUAUGCCGGCUCCAGUCCGCCCGGCAUGCCUGGCUCGCCCACCUUCAGUAGUGGAGAAAGCAGCCCUCGCCGGGCACCCGCCUCUCAGGUUAAAGGCUACGUCUAACAUGCCCGACUACAAGCCCCCCCACCAAAUGAUGACAAGCCUGUUUCACCCUCCUCUUGAUAUUUAAUGUUGUUCAGCAGGCUUAGAGAAAUGGAACUCCACGCAUGAUUAGAUAACCCUUUCUUCUAUGUUUGUCAUUGUAAAAUACAAUAAAACAUUUGGCCUUUACUCAUGUAAAACGUUUCUUUUCCCGCUUUUGCAUAGCAUUUACACUACCGUUCAACGUUUUGGGUUCCCUUAGAA